CUCCCUCUUAACCACCGCACCAAACUUCUCCUUCCUCAAUCUUCAUAAUAUCUCUGAGUUUUUCUCCAUUCGUUAAAAUGGCCAUUCAGGCUGAGUAUGGACUUCUAUGGGACAAUGUUGCAUCUGCCGGAGGAGGGGGUAAUGUUUCCUGUUUCAGCCCUCCUCCUCCUCUUUCUCAACAUAAUCACUUUCAACUUAUGGAUUUACCCCUUAACCUCGCCAUCGCCCAGUUUGACAAGCAGAAAUGGGAUACAGAUCGAUUCAUCUAUUUACAGAACGAAAGGUUGAAGGUUAUUCUCGAAGAACAGAGGAAGGAACAGCUGAUACUGAUCUUAAGAAAAUUUGAAGCGAAAACUAAAGGUCUAUUCGAACAGAAGGAUGAAGAGAUAGCAGCGGCGAUGAAGAGGACGGCGGCGCUUGAAGCCAUACUGAAACGGCUGGAGAUUGAGAAGCAGACGUGGCAGAUGGCGGCGAAGGAGAGGGAAGCAACGGCGUCGUUUCUCGUAGGCAAGUUUGAGCGCUUGAGAGAGAGCAUGUGGAAUUCGUCGGGAAAUAAUAGUGCGGAAGAUGCGACUUCAUCAUGCGGUGGUCGGCGGCGGCGGCACCACGGUGACGGCGAUCAUCAUAAUUUGUUGAAUUCAUCGUCGGUGGAAUUAGAUAAAGGGAGAAUGAUGAUCUGCAAAAGGUGCAAUGUGCAGGGAUCGUGCCUAGUGUUUUUGCCGUGCAGGCACCUCUGUUCAUGCAAAUCGUGCGAGGCCUUGCUUGAUUCCUGCCCCAUCUGCAAAGUCCCUAAGAAAGUUUGUAUCGAAGCCUACCUCUGAUAUAAUCAUUUCACUCACAAGUAAAAUACGAGUAAUUAAUUAUUUUAAGCAAAACUUACUCCGUAUAUUUUCUUGGUACAAAAGGUGGAAUCUCCCACCCCAGGAGCCUCCCAUACCCUGACCCGACAGGAUUUUUGGGAGGAGUUUAAUCACGGUGACUCAGUCGGCCCAGUAGGCCUUUUUCCCGUGCGCAUCAGAAGUCCAGCCUUAUUUCAGGUUCUGUGACUUCACACGGCCGCUGCGGGUUUUGAACCUUGGUCACUUGGUCCAAAUUUUCCACCACUGAACCAACUGAGAUACCCGUGCGGGUACUCCGUAUAUUUUCAUCUCUUUUUGCAAGUGUAAAAUUUCACUUUCCAUUGUUGUCACUUCUAAUUCUUGUUCGUAAUGUUAAACUCGUCUAAGGUAAGAGAAUAAUUUAUUCUUAUUCGCGAUCUCCCUACGUCAUAAAUAUCACAGCUCAAGUCAUUAAAUCGUCCUUCAAAUUCUCCCUCCUUCCCACUCGGAAAUUUCCUCUUUCCUUUUCACCGGUCCAAAAAAGUUCCCGUUCCAUUAAAUGACAAGUUAUCUACAUCAAAACAGUAUCAAACAGUGUCAAAACAGUAACUCCUAUUUAGUUUAUUUCUUAUUAUGGUGUGUAAGUCAAACUUGGAACUUCUUAGCGGAAUGGAGGUAGUACAAGAAAACUCUCCGCAUCAAUGUAAUGAGUUCUGUAAAACUUUGUCUUUUUUGUCUUUUUAUUUGUCCAAAAAAAACUCAUCAAU